UCCACAAACGGGUCAUCCGGUACAAGCACGUUGGGAGACAAGACACGAAACCGACAAUACGAGGAGAAACGGAGGACGUGUACUUACAUUUUACUGACCUUUUUUUUCUUUUUUCUUUCUUUUUUUUUUUUGGAGGAUUGUACCAUGUCUCGCCGUGCGUAAAGGCGCACUGCCAUUUCAACGCCAGUCAACUGGAAACACGUUCAUUUUGUCGAAGAGUCUUUUUUUUCGGGAUUUCCAUUUAUCCAAAAAAAAAGAAGAAAGAAGGUGUCCCAGUCAUGUUAAAAAUGACAGAGGAGCAAGAUAAAUCUGUCAUCGAGCCGCCCUGCAGUCCCUCCGGCACCAACAGCUCCAUGUCGCAGGACGAGUCCGACUCGGACGCGCCGUCCUCUCCGACCGGCUCCGACGGCCAGGGCUCCCUCCUCUCCAGCCUGGGCAAGAAACUGGACUCCGAGGAAGACGACCGGUUCCCCGCCUGCAUACGAGACGCCGUCUCUCAAGUCCUAAAGGGAUACGACUGGUCCCUGGUGCCGAUGCCCGUCAGGGGGAACGGAGCGCUCAAAAGCAAACCGCACGUCAAAAGGCCAAUGAACGCGUUCAUGGUGUGGGCGCAGGCGGCGCGCAGGAAGCUGGCGGACCAGUACCCCCACCUGCACAACGCCGAGCUCAGCAAGACCCUGGGCAAGCUGUGGCGCUUGCUCUCAGAAAACGAGAAGCGGCCAUUUGUCGACGAGGCGGAGAGGCUGCGGGUUCAGCAUAAGAAAGACCAUCCAGACUACAAGUACCAGCCGCGGAGGAGGAAGAACGUGAAACCAGGCCAGAGCGACUCCGACUCGGGGACGGACCUGGCUCAUCAGAUGUAUAAAGCGGAACCGGGCAUGGGGCCACUUACGGGAAUGGCUGAUGGACACCACCACCCCGAACAUGCAGGCCAACCCCAUGGCCCUCCCACACCUCCCACCACUCCCAAAACAGACCUACACCAUGGGGUCAAGCAGGACCUGAAACACGAGGGCCGCCGUCUGUUAGACAGCGGCAGGCAGAACAUCGACUUUAGCAACGUAGACAUCUCUGAGCUCAGCACAGACGUCAUCAGCAACAUGGAGACGUUCGACGUGCACGAGUUCGACCAGUACCUCCCGCUGAACGGCCACGCCUCUGGCUCCUCGGCUCUGCCCCCAGACCACGGCCACGGGCAGGCCCCGGCGCCCGGCGGCUCCUACCCUUCCUCCUACGGUCACGCCGGCAUCAACGGCUCAGCCUGGAGUCGCAAGAGCGCCAUGUCCUCCUCCUCUUCCUCGAGCAGCGAGGUCGGCCAGCAUCGGCCCCACAUUAAGACGGAGCAGCUGAGCCCCAGCCACUACACCGAGCACUCCCACAGCUCCCCGUCUCACUCCGACUACGGCACCUACAGCAGCCAGGCCUGCGUCGCCUCCGGCACGCCGUCCGUGUCGGCCACGGCCUCUUUCUCCAGCCCCCAGUGUGACUAUACCGACCUCCAGAGCUCCAACUAUUACAACCCGUAUCCCAGCUACCCCUCCAGCCUUUAUCAGUACCCCUACUUUCACUCCUCCAGGAGACCCUACGGCAGCCCUAUCCUGAACAGUCUGUCUAUGGCCCCCGCCCACAGCCCCACCGCCUCCAGCUGGGACCAGCCCGUUUACACCACUCUGUCUCGACCCUGAGGGGACCGGAGAUGGUGAGACAACACUUGGUCCUACAGAGCCUGUGAGACUCAUUCAGACCGAUGCACUACUAAUGAAGGAGGUAAAGAGGAGGAGGAGGAGGAGGAGGAGGGCGGUAGCGGGGGUAGUAGGCUUCCUGUGCCCAUUUGAACAGGAAACAGCAAACAAGAAUGAAAAAAAAAAGUGCCUGCUGAUUUUAUACACUUAAGUCGACGCAAUGAAGAAAAAAAAGAGAAAAAGAAACACUUGCUCAGACUUCUAACAUGCAGAGAAAUUGUGUCGUUGGCGAGCCAAACUCCUCCGUGAGGACAUAUUGCCCACCCCUACAUCUUGUACACCCCCCCCCUUUCCAGCUUAGGACCGCACACGCAUGUGUCUGUAUGUGUGUAUGUGUGCGUGCGUGUGUGUGUGUGUGUGUGUGUGUGUGCACGUAAGGAACGCUAACGUAAAGGCCUGACACUGAGGUGUGUGGAAGAGAAACCGUUUUCGGCCCAACUCUGUCAAGAAGCAAACGGAGAUACAGACGCACGGGGGGGGGGGUGUGCACGGGACCAAUUAAAAUGAUUUUGCAAUAAGAGUCACAGCACAAGCAAAGCGCCACGUCACAGAGUGCUCGGCCAUUCAAAGCAGUCUUACCGCAGUGGCUCAUUUAAGUCUCACCUUGGCUUAGAAGUCUUAAAUGUAUUUAUGUUCAUUUACACUCCUCUUAUUUUUAUUUUUAUUUUUUUUGUUUAAUUUCUCUUAAGUAGUUAUACACAUGUAAUGUGGGUGUGGUUAUAUGUUUAUUGUUUUUUUUGUCAUUAUUGAGAAGUCAGUGAAGCGAGUAAUGAACGGUGCAGGCACGGUAUAGCGAUCAUUCCACUGAAGACCAAUAGCCGAUAACGUCUCCAUUCCAGUACCCGCGAGCGAGAGAGAGCGAGCGAGAGAGCGAGCGAGAGCGAGCGAGCGAGCGGGCGGACCAACAGACGAGCACAUGACACAACAGGUGUCUGUGAGCUAUGCUUGGCGAAUCGCGAUUCGUCACGAUGCGGGGUUGAAGGAAAUGGGGUAAGAUAACACCGCACACACUGACUGACACGUCAGCCGGGACCUACUGUACGCGCGCACGCAGACAUGGGCUCCAUAGUGUGCGCGCGCGUGCGUGCACGUGCACCAGCAUCUCUUCCCCCCCUCUCCCCCCUCUCCUCGGGCAAUAAACACACGUGACAUGACGUAACGUCAAACAUCGCCAGUUUCUGAAUAAUCAAACAACUUCGUCGACAACGUAAAGCAGCAGCGUCACGUCGUCACGAGCGUCGGGUCGUCAACGCCGUCUCGCGCAGAAUCUGUUUGUGCCUUCUAAUGCUUUUUUGUUGUUGUUGUUGUUGUUGUCAGUAUUUCAAUAAUAAAAGAGGUUGAGUUUAACAUGCAGCAUACAAUCAGUCCUCCACGCCACGGACUCGGACGGAGGAGUCCUGGUCUCGUCCUUAAUUCGGCAUCAUUCCUGACGGUUUGGGUGGGGUUGGGGGGUGGGGGGGUUAAGUAGAGUUUUUGUGAUAGUUUGAGAGAUACUGCGGAGGGAACAUCGUGCUCAACGUUUUGUUCGCAGACCAGUGUUUGUUUCUGGGUUUUUCUUUCCUAUAUUAUUCUGGUGUAUAAUUGAUGACAAAGGCUGUGAAAUUUAUUGUCGUACUAUUAACUAGAGAUUCAUUCACACGUGCACAGCUUACACAUUCUUUGGCCAUGUUUUUUUUUUUUGGUUUUUUUGUUGUUUUUUUUGUUUUUGGUGGAUAAA